AUGCCACCGACGGUGGCGUCUUCAUCUCAGCAAGCACCGCGUUUAGAAUCACACGUUUCGCCGGACGUCUUCCUGCAUGUACCAACAUCUGUGGCGCGGUUGAAAACAGGUGGAGCGGCACGCAAAAUCCGGCAUGAGACGACGGAUUCUGGGACGACGGCGACGGCAACGAGUAUGUCUUUGAAUCUAGUGUUUUUCAUCACGGGGAAUCCGGGGUUGAUUGGUUAUUAUCAUCCGUUCCUGGCGGGGUUGGCAAGGGCUUUGGACGGCAAAGACAAGGACGACGAGCAGCGGGAGAGGUCUCGAGGAGGAGGUGCGGUGCCUGUGCUCGCGGGCUUCAGUCUCGGGGGGUUUGAGGUUGAGGAUUGGGAUCGGGACUGCGAUUCGAGGGCCGUGACUGCUGAAGGCCAAAGCGCGAGCGGACGGCACGAGAGCUUACGCGAUCUCCUCUUCCCUGCUUCCGCGGCGUUGUCGCCGUCUUCGUGUCGCGAGAAAAUCCACACGCUAGCUGAGCAGGUGGCGCUGUGCUAUGCGAGGCUGGAGAACCUCGUGGGCAGGAUCCGACUGCAUUUCGCGGAGGAACUUGCCGGGUCGCGGCGGAAAGGAGCGGGGGGAGGUGGCGGCGGUGGUGAUGCUCCCGGCGCUUCUGGCAUGGAUGCACCAGAUGUGGAAAUCGACGUGACGCUCAUCGGGCACAGCGUCGGCGCAUACAUCGCUCUGGAGCUGGUGAGGCUAUGCCAUGAACGGGCAAGAAAUGAGCGGCCAUCACUGUCACUAUCGCCAUCACAGUUGUCUCCUGGAUCAGCAUCGAGUGCGCCUGCUACUGCUGCUUCUACUUCUACGACUACUGACACCACCACCACCGCCGCCGCUCCAGCACCAUCGCCAGCGCGAUGGCACAUCGAUUCCUCCAUCCUGCUAACGCCCACCAUCCAAGACCUGUACCUCUCGCCGUCCGGGCGCAUGGCCAGCCUGCUGCUCACGUACACGCCAUUCAUGCCCGGGCUAGCACACGGCCUCGUGCAGAACGUGUUGGUGAACUGGCUGCCGGGUUCGUGGAUCGAGGCCCUCGUGCAGCGCGCGACGGGUAUGCGCGUUGGGAGUCAUGGGCUGGCGACGACGUUGGCGUUUUUGAGGAGUCGCAACGGCGUCAGGCAGGCGCUCGAGAUGGCGAAGUGUGAGUUGAGGGAGAUUCGGGGGGAGAGCUGGGGAGGCGAGGUUUGGGGCGCUACAGCCGUCGCAGAGGUGGAUGGACAUGGGGAUGGGGUAGGUCAGGUUGUGAGGACCCCGAGGCUUUAUUUCUGGUUUGCGAAGCAGGAUCAUUGGGUCGCGGAUGUGACGAGGGAGGAGAUUUUGAGAAGGAGGGGGGGAAGGAGGACUGGGUUUCUCUACGGUGAUGGCCAAGGCAAGCUUGGUCCGGGAGACGGCCUUCAGUCAGAGGAGUAUCACCGGGUAAGAAACAGGGCACCGAAGAUUUUGAUAGAUGAGACGGAGAGAUUGGUCCACGCGUGGUGUUUGACACAGAGUGAACUGGUGACUCGACGGGUCGGUGGAUGGUUAGAGGAGUUAUGGGAUCAGAAUGAAUAG